GGGGGCGUGGGCUCACAGGCACAGCUUGACAGGUGUGGUGAGAGACAGACAGCGAUAGAGAGACACAGAGAGAAAGAGAGAGAGAAGGAGAGACAGCACUCGAAUUACAAGUGUUGCAUCCUCCUCUUGGUGUCGAGGGAAUCAAGUGUUGUCGGGCGGUUAGUUUCAGCUGACCAGACUUCAACCAUGUCACUAGGUCAAAGAGACACACAAAUUUUGUGGUUUUGGCAAACUGUGCAGGAAAUACUACGUUUGUGAGUCCAAAUGGAGAGGGAGAGGAGAGAGAGAUGGCUGAGCCCCCAAAUAUUGAACUCUUUAUAAAGGCGAGUGAUGAUUGUGCAGGUGUGGGAAACUGUCCGUUCAGUCAGAGGAUCUUCAUGAUUCUCUGGUUGAAGGGUGCGACCUUCAGACUUACCACCGUGGACAUGAAGGCCCCUGAGGUUCUCAAGGACGUGGCCCCGGGCUCCCAGCCCCCGUUCCUCGUCUUCAACGGGGAAGUUCGCACGGACACCAACAAGAUCGAGGAGUUCUUGGAGCAGGCGCUGUCACCGCCGCUCUACCCCGAACUGGCUUGCAGAUACAAAGAGUCCAACACAGCUGGCGAUGACAUCUUUCUUAAAUUCUCAGCGUACAUUAAGAAUCCAAACCCCGGACUGAACGACAUGCUGGAAAAAAAGUUCUUGAAAAGCUUGGCGAAACUGAACGACUACCUGCUGACCCCCCUCACUCACGAGCUGGAGAAGAACCCCAACGGAGGAGAGUCCAGCCGGGCCUACCUGGACGGAGACGCCCUGACCCUGGCAGACUGCAACCUGCUCCCAAAGCUCAACAUAGUCAAGACGGUGUGUAUGAAGUACCGUGGCGUGGAUAUCAGUCAGAUGAGCCUCCUGCCGGGUCUAACGCAGUACCUGGACAAGGCCUACAAGCAGGACCAGUUCUCCCACACCUGUCCGCCUGCCUCAGAGAUCCUCUGGGCCUACCACACAGUGGCCAAGUACCUCAAAAAGUAGUCCGCCUGAGGGACUACCAGGUGGUCUAAGAGAAAGGCUAGCAAAAGCAGAAUGAUGUGCACUGAAAAAAGCACUACAAUUUUUUAGGAGAGAUUAAGGGAGAUCAAAUAAGCUCAUGUCCGAUUCGCUGCUUUACAAUUGGUUGAUUUAAAUCAAUCAAGUGUCCAAUAGCUAUGAUCCUAUUAGUAAUAGGGAUUUUUGUUGUUUGCUGUUAAAUAAAUAGAAAAUCAAGUUAUAUUUCUUAAUCCAUUGCUCAUGUUAUCAUCUGGAAGUAUAUUGUACGAUAAAAGAGAAGAAAGCAUGAUGACGACCGGAUUGUUUGUAUUAAACAGCAUUUAGCUUUUCGAUCUUGAUGGAAGAAAUAAUGGAGGAAGAACACUCGUUGACAACAAUGUAGACGUUUAGGUCAUCACUUAUUUUAUGAACACUAACAUAAAACAUAUUUUACUACCCAUUCAAAGUUUUUUUACCCAUAGUUAGCCAUGAUUGUCCAGUCAGUGUACAAAUAUGUAUGAUAUAGAUGACCUUUUUACAGCAAUAAUCAUCCUGUGAUUCAGAAAAUGUGGCAAUGUGUACGAUUAAGCCACACCCAGUAAGUACGCAGGAGACUUUCAGAAUUAGAAUGACUCAGUCACAUUAAACUCCACCGCACCGUGCAAUACAUUUUAACCAGUCUGAGCUCUUUUCUCUUGAGUUUCGAGUAGCCUAGUCUUGAAACUCUUUAAUGCGCUAUCAUCACACCUUCUGUGGUGUGUCUGUGGAUCUCUCUGUGGCGCGAAUUGACUCAGCGUAGCGUAGCUCAGGGGGCCGUGAGUGGGAGGGGUUUGGGAGUGUCGAUGGUAAGAUGAGACACGCCCCCUGCAGGACGUUCUUGUAACAAAGAGAGGUACAGGCCGGCUAGCCUUUUUUUGUUCUUGUAAAAUAUAUCGGUUUAUAAAUUGUGAUUUCAUUGAUAAGAUAAUUAAAAUAUGUAUCUAUCAGCAUUUACUACAGAUAUGUCUAGGUAAUAUGUCUGAGUAUUGCAACUUUAAUAAUACUAACUUUGAACAUUGUUCAAAAUUUGAAAAGGUAUAGAGAAGUGUAUAAAUUAAUAAAGAACAUAAAUGUAUAAAUGAACCGAU